AUGAGAAGGGCUGGAUGGGUAACAUGCUCAAUUGUGUUCACAAUUUUGACAUUGUUGAGCUAUUUCUGUUGUAUACUUGUCUAUGAAAGCACGAGGCUUUUAAUUGGAAACUACAAGAUGAAAUAAAAGGUGGACUUUGAGUCACUCUUGUCUUCAUAAAUGACUUAGAAAUCUCUGGCAGUUUCUUUUACCAGACAGCUUUACUUGCUGCAAUUGAUAUGCGUAUCCUCUAUUGGAAUUAUCAUGUCGACUUACACAGCAGAUAACCUUUUUGAAAUUUUAUAUGGAAAAACUUUUGGAUUAUAACUUGCUCCAGAAGCAAAGAUAAUAUUUGAAAAGAACUCAGGCACAUAGCCAUUUUAAAACAAUUAUUUUUGCAUCUCAAUUGGCUUGCUAAUUGUAUUCUUCAUUUCGCUAGUGAUAUUCGCAUUUGACUUUGAGAAAGAAAAAUGGUUCUAGCCAGUCAAAUUGAUGGUGAUCUUGAGCUUCAUUGGUGUAUCAUGCAGUCAUUUCGUAGAUCUUCAAGGAGGCAUCGACAAUUUGAACCUGAGUGAAGUUCCUUAAUGUUCACUAAAUUUUGGCUUCGUUUUGGGAAUCCUCUCCUUUUCAUAUUCAUAGUCAGCAUAAGUUCCCAAUAUAAUAGCUGAUUCAAAUCCUGAUUAAUACUUCAAACUUCCAGUAUUUUUGGCGCUUGUAUUCGGCCUUAUAUUCAGAAUCGCCUUUGGGUUAUUGGGAGCCAUUGCAUACACAGAUGAAUCCAAUUUAUUCGAUGAUCUAUUCUUCUCAGCAAAUACUCCACCUUACAUGAUUAUUUUAGUUUUUGUUUACGCAGUUAUUGUGGUAUUACCAGUAGUGAUAAGAUCAUCAUUGAUGGCAAAAUAUUUAAUUUAUAUUGGUGGCAUAUGUGAAGUACCAAGUAACUACUUUUGUGGUAUCAUCUUACCAUGGAUUCUUGGUGUGGUCAUCAAUCACAUGUAGAUCUAUGCAUAUCUAAUAAACUGGACGGCUUUAAUUACUCAUCUUUACGUUUAAUUUGUUUGUCCUAUGUUUAUGUGGUCAAAGUCUGUCAAAGAAGCAUAAGUUUAUGAAUUAAAUUUCAAAUAGAGUCUUCAAAUGAUGGUUGAAGGAGACAAGCCAAGUAAAUCUCGAUAUGAUACAAUUCAGAACUCCGAAGAGAAAUUAAUAGAUGAUGGUGUUCCUAGCAUUGAUCAUUCAGUGACAUAGAAAACAGAUAGGAGAUAGAAUUCAACGUCAAAGUUUUUACUAAAUGAUCCCGAUGAUGAUGAAAGAUUAAGCAACAUAACAGAUAUCGUUUUUGACGAGGAUGAGGAGAAGUUUAUUCAUCUCUACAAUGUAUAAGGUCAUUAUUCGGCUUAUCAAUCAUGUUGCACUGUGAGAUGUGCUAGGAAAUUUGUUAAAAUGAAUGCUUAUUUUAUUUCAGCAGCUCUGUUUAUAUUCAUGUAUCUAAGUUUGGUCGACGUCUUCGGAGAGAAGAUGAAAUCCUAUGGAAACUCUACUGCUCAACCAAAGCAGUAAUGA